CUGGGAACCUUUUCAGCAAAUCACCUUUUCAUCGUAAAGAUUCGUCGACGAGUGUCUAGAUCUCAUCGCCUUACAUCCCUUACCGAACGAGUAACAACUUCACACGCGUCGUGGCCAGCAAAUUCCAGGUCAUCAAACAGUGCAUGGAGAACAUUCUUCAUCUGCGACGUGUGGUGCUGGAGUCGAAAGAGGCGGUUCACAUUAUCAGAAUAUCAUCGUAUUCACCGAUAUGAGUCGAUCGCAGGAUACUGUCAUCGAUGAUGACGAAGAGACAUGCCCAUUAUGUAUCGAAGAGUUUGACCUUUCAGACAAGAAUUUCCGCCCGUGUCCUUGCGGCUACCAGAUCUGUCAAUUCUGCUUCAAUAGUCUCAAAGUCUUAAACGACAAGAGCACUUGCCCUAAUUGCCGACGGCCCUAUGAUGAAAAAACGAUUCAAUACAAGAUCCCAACGGCAGAAGAGUUCAAGCUCGAUCAGUUGAACAAGAACAAGAAGCAGGCAGCUGCGAAACGAAAAGAGACUGAGAAACGCGAGGUCGAGACUUCUGUACGACGGAACUUGGCUGGCGUUCGUGUCAAACAGCAGAACCUCGUCUAUGUCAUUGGCUUGAUACCGUCGGUCAAGGAUGAGCAGUCUCUUCUACAGACGUUACGUGGUCCAGACUAUUUUGGCCAAUAUGGCGAGAUUGAGAAGAUUGUUGUCAGCAAACCAAAACCCGGAAUAACCAGCCAGGGUAUCGGCGUCUACGUGACAUACGCGCGCAAAGAAGAUGCAGCGACAUGCAUAAACAGUGUUGAUGGCUCUCUCAACGGUGACCGGGUCCUGCGGGCGCAGUUUGGUACCACGAAAUAUUGUUCUGCUUUCCUGCGUGGCGAGGUUUGCAACAACAAAAAUUGUAGCUUCCUGCACGAGACUGGAGAAGACGGCCAAAACAGCUCCUUGCAGAACGAGUCGCAUGGUGUCAAAGCCAGAACGGCCCCCGGUCAAAUUAUACCACCUGCAAGACCCUUAUCUGCUACUCAAGUCACUCAACCUAUGGCACGACAAAGUAGUAAAGAGGAUGACAACAUUAGAAAGGACAGCAGCGAUGGUUCAGCACUUCCCACCACGGCAAGUUGGGCCAAUUCCAAUGCUCCUGUGGCUCGAACGAGGCGUGCAAGUCAAGCAAAUAGCCGAGCUACCCCAAGUCCUCAGAUGGUCCACGCUACGCCAGCCGUCCAGAAGCUCGAAGAACCCAAGCCCAGGGAAGCUUCAAGUCAACCAUCACCAGCCUCGUCCGUUAAGAAACCGUCGACCAAGGCCCAACCACCUGCCGCGAAGCCAAAAGCCAAGCCAGUCGAUCCUAUUCAAGAACAUUUUGAAGCGGUCUUGCGAAGUAUAUCCCCUCAUGCGGCUUUCAACUACGACGACUCUUGCCUCAGCCCAGAGAUAAGAGCUGCUGUUGCUGAUAUGCCAUCUUUUAUCGACCCUUACGGCGGAUUCAAACGACGAGCCAUGCGCGAAAGAGAAGAGCUUGAACGUUUGAGGCAUGAAGCUGAAGCGAAGGCUAAACUUGAGGCGCAGGCCACGUCGACAGCCGAAGAUGCUCUCGAUGAAGAUAACAUGGUAGCUGGGAGCCUCGCACUGGGGGGUGAGCCUGAAGACGACCCGAGAAGUUCUUCGGCUCGUGGCGCCAUCGGUCGUCCCUCUCAAACGUCUGAUAAUGCCCGCAGUCUCACCCCUCAACGACAACAACUUGCUUUUCUGAAUGCUGGCGGUAGUCAAGCUCCAGGCCUUGGCCAAAAUACCGCAUUCGAGAUGUCCGACUUUGACAGACGUGGUCCUCAAUAUAGUCAAGCUCAAUACGAACAGAUCAGCAAUCACCAACGACAUGGUUCACGAUAUUUCAACAACGAUGCCAAGGCCAGCACCGCCAGCCGAUUUCAAUCAGCCCAAUCCUCCUUUUAUUCGAGUGGUGUCCAGGGACCACCUCCUGGCUUGCCCACUGCUGGAACUCCUCCAGUCAGCGGCGGUGGCAUGUUCGCGCACGGCCAGAAUUUCACAAACCCGGGGUUCGGUGCAUCAAAAGAUACAAACGCUGAGAUCUUCUCGAGGAAUAGAAGUGGGACAAAUCAAGGUCAUGAGAUUUCUAAGCUAGACGAAAAGAACUUUCCACCGUUGCCUCUCCGCUUGGAUACCCAGCCAACGCCUUUGCAUUCGCGAGUCUCAUCUCACCACAGCUUGGGCUCUGGUGCUCGAUCAUCUACACCUAAAAUUCCUCCUGGCUUCGAGAGAAUCUCGACUCCAAAGAUUCCGCCAGGCUUUGAGCUGUCUCAUGCUCACCCGCCACUGUCACGACAUGAAUCGCCUUCUGGUUCGCAGGCUCCUACGCAACGAAGUAUCUCAAGAGCCUCGGGAGCUAUUGCUCCUGCCGUACCUUUGGUGCCUUUAGGUCCUCGUUCGAGUACGCCUCAAACAAAGCUCUCUGAAACCCCUAAGGAGGAUCCAAAGGAUGCCGACACCGUCGAAAUCUCUGAUCUUCAUGUUCACAAGCGAGGAAAUGAAGCCAGUGAAAUUAGUUUAGGAUCACCAAAGCUCCGGCCCACACGCACCAAAGAAACUGUGCCUGACUUAUCUGUCAAGUCUGAAGGAACGCCGGCAAAAAACAAAGAAUCUCCCUCGAAAUCACCCGCCACGAAAGGCAAGGGAAAGGACAGCAGUCAGAAAUCCGGAAUGACUGGAGUUCCUGCUUCCCCGGCUGCGGCGACAGCGGGUAUCUCUACCUCGACGACUGCUCCAGAAAAGUCCGCAACCCCGAUACUAGAUUCAAGCGUCGCAGGAACCCCGGGGACCAUGAGCCCUCAAGCACCUACACCGGUUGCGACGACUCCUUCAGAGGCAUCUAAGCCGUCGGUUUCAAGACCUAGAACGUUGCGACUGACUACAGGCUCGACGUCGAAAGUCGCCGAGCAACUUCCAGCAGUAGUAGCAGCGGAAAAAGCGAGUGCAUUCCCUCCAAUCUCAGCUGGAAAGAAAGGGUCCAGAAGACCCUCGUUGGCUUCGAUCCAGCAUAGUAGACCUUCGACGCCUGCAGUAUCAGAGAGACCAUCCCAUGAUGCCUCCCGAGCGAGUAGUCCGCCCCCUAGCAUUGUGGGCUCUGCGCCCGAACGGAACAAAAGCAAGGCUCAGCAGAAAAAGGAUCGCAAAGAGAAGGCCAAAAAAGUGUCUGAAGUCACCGAGUCUGCAAGCACUUCGACAACACCAGCCAUUGAAGAAGUUGCCCCAGUCAUCGCCAGACAGAAGAAGCAAAAGAAAAAGGCCGACAACAAUACACCGGCGACUGUGGCCGAGACCAAGAGUUCAAAACAGCAAGAACCGAUUGAGAAGCCGAAAGCAGACAGUGUCAGUAGAAAGACGCCUGUUCAAAUACAGGAAAAGGAUCAACUCAACGCGGUCGCAAAGGCCGAGAGGGUCGUACCUUCUCCUACCCCUUCGACACCUCAAGAAGGGCCUGAGCCGAAAGUGGAUGAGCAUGUCCAAAAGCCUUAUAUGCUUCGCGAUCUGUACAACGAAGCUGCAAAAGCUGCAGAUCGCGGGGAUAAUUCUGGCACUACCAUACAGAAGUUGCUGAACGAACAUGUCUCACCAACGUCCAAGAUCAUUCAAUCCAUGAUCCAGUCCGGAGAUCUCACCAAAGAUCAUCCAUGGCUUAAUCCUCCCUCCUUCACUAACGCAGCGUAUAAGUUGCCACCUGACAGCCGUCGCGGCCAAGAGUACCUUGAUGCGAAUGGCUACAGUGCAACCGCGGCGUUCGGGUAUGUCUACUUACCACUCAAGGAGAAACAAGCUCUCCGGGACAGCCAAGCAGUCAGUGUCGCCGAUGCUGGUGACCGAGCCAACGAUGUGUUGAAGCGAUGCCUCGUGACACCGAACGGAUGGGUCCUCCGACAUCUCUCUGCAGACGAGGAGGCCAAGGUUCUGGAGCUUGAGGAGCGUCGACAGAUGUACAUGGAAGAAUUCGGUGACGUAGGUACCAUGACCGGUCUUGGUGUUUUGGAAGCGGACGAUUUUGUCAAUCUUGGAGGUGGUAUGGACCGACUUAGCCGACAUGGAGAGCGACAUGGAGUGGUAUGGGUCAUGGGUGAAGGCGAAGGCGAUAUGGGUGAAGAUGACGAAUUCGAACCCUUUGACGGCGAAGAUGGCGAACUUGAUGGCGAGAUCGGCUUUAGCGAAGACGAUGAAGAGGUAUUCGAAGAUGACGGGCUCGAAGACGAUGCCGCCGAAGGGUCAUUCCGAGACCAUGUCAAUAUGCCUGGUGCAUGGGAUAAUCCACCACGUCCGGCCAGUGGAAGAGUCACCUCUCUCCCAGGACUGGGACCGCACUCGAAGACCACAGCGCCACUUAGAAUGCCUGGCACAACUGGUCCACAGGGAUCGUCGGCAUUGCGAAAAGAUGGCCAUGCUGGCGGGGAUGAGAAUACCGGCGCCGGCGCUAGCCAAACGGGCAAUGUCAUCGUCAACCUUCGAGCUCUAGACCAUGAGGCGCUUCAGCGACGCGUGGCCGAAAAGCACAAGGAAAUGGAGGCCUCGAAGAAAAACAUGGAAAAGCUUGAGAAAAUGUGGAAUAAGAAGAGCAAGGAUAUUGGGCGAUAUCGAGAAACGUUGGUAAAGGGCUAGAAACCUGACGAUGAAACCUCUCCGUCGGCUUCGAAACUCAAGAGUCAAUGGACCGAGGUGCAGCCAGGACCAAAAGAUUCAACAAUCCGGAGGUACCAAUUGCCCUUUCGCAAAGAAGGGAAGGAUUCUGAGGAGCUAGCAAGUUAUGCUCUUAAAAUUGGAAUCCGGAUGUCCUCUGGAGAAGUCUUCUCUGAGCGGGUAAAGAUUAACGACUCACAUGCCCUAGCAACAAAGGAGCAACAAGAAGUAGCCAGAGAAUUGGCCAGCAAAAACAACAGGCGAUAUGUACCAACAUCCGAAAUCAAUGGAAUGACUCUCUCAAGUCCGAUCAUUUGGAUGAUUCCUAACCUGACUCCAUUCGUGAGGACUCGAGGCAUUCGGCCAGAUGAUAUGGCGAUAUCAACAGCUGAGCUUAUUCGUGCUUAUCGAUCUUGUGUGGAGAUGAAAUGACGAUUGAAUUGGGAGUGAGAGGGUAUUGUUGGAGUAUUCAGACUGAGUAUGGAUAUCCGUUUGAGUAUGAGGUUGUGUAUGAGUAUUGAUAUUGGUACGGGAAAUAGGACUACCUAGGGGUAGGGUAUUCAUAUUUCGAUAUCGAAUUGGUUAGAAUAAAUUCGCCAUGCUCGUCUCUUCAGACUUUCA